UCCAAAAGCAGCUGCACAUUUCCCAAACCCUCCCACCACCUACUGCUUUCUCUCCCCUCUCAUCUCCUCCUUCAUACUGUCUCACCAAUAAAAUUUACUCAUUUCACUAUCCAUUUCCGCCUCUGCGUGUAUCCAUAUCCGCCUCCGCUCCGAUCCUUCUCCUCCGCGAUUGCUCAGUAAGUCUCCCCCCCUCUCUCUCUACAUUUCGAUACAAUCGGUGUAUUUAUCGAUUACAAGCUGCGGAAUUAGAUACAUACACAAUUUAUCCAUGCAAUUAACUAGCAAUCGGAGAAUCUGAUAAAUGGGGCAUAAGAAGCGAAACGUCGCUCCUCGCUCCAAACCGCCGCCGUCUGCCGCGGACGAUGCCUCCUCCGCCGCCGCCGCCGGUGCCGGUGGUGGUGGUGAUUCGAUUCUAGAUAAUUCCGCAAACCCCUCCGUGAAAGCACUAGCUAAAUCGGAGCCUGAGGUGGAAUUGGAGGGAAUUGAGCCCUACGCUUCGAUUAAGCCUGAAUGCGAGCGCGCCCUAACAGCGCUGCGGCGCGGGAACCACACCAGAGCGCUGAGAUCGAUGAAGGAGCUGUGCUCGAGGUACGAGAAUUCCGCUGACGCGGCGCUGAUCCACCGCGUCCAGGGGACUAUAUGUGUGAAGGUGGCUUCUAUAGUGGAUGACCCGAACGCGAAGCAGCGGUAUCUGAAGAAUGCGAUUGAGAGUGCGAGGAAGGCAGUCAAUCUGUGCCCCAACUCUGUUGAGUUUGCGCAUUUUUAUGCGAAUUUGUUGUAUGAGGCGGCGAACGAGGGGAAGGAGUAUGAGGAGGUGGUGCAGGAGUGUGAGAGGGCUUUGUCGAUAGAGAACCCCGUGGAUCCUGCUAAGGAGAGUUUGCAAGCGGAGAAUCUGCAGAAGAUUUCUACAGCUGAGGCGCGAGUUGCCAAUGUUCAGAGUGAGCUAAAGGCAUUGAUUCAGAAAUCGAACAUUGCAUCGAUUUCGACUUGGAUGAAGCAUUUGAGCAAUGGGGAGGAGAAGUUUCGAUUGAUUCCAAUCAGGAGGAUGCCUGAGGAUCCAAUGGAGGUCAGAUUGAUUCAGGCAAAGAGGCCGAAUGAGAUUAAGAAAGUUGCCAAGACGGAAGAGGAACGGAGGAAGGAAGUUGAGGUGAGAGUGGCAGCUGCCAGGCUUUUGCAGCAGAAGUCAGAGUCCCCUUCUUUAGGAAAUGAUGGGGAUAGUAUUAAUAACAAUGGAAAAGGUGUAGAUUCUUCUACAGGUACUGGACAGAGAGCAGGAGAGCGAAGGAGGUAUGGGAAUUCAAGGAAAAUUGCAUCAUCAGAUGAGAGGAGGGAUUCAGUACGGACAUAUUGGAACUCUAUGUGUUUGGAUGCAAAGAAAGAUUUACUUAAAAUUGAAAUUUCUGAACUAAAGGCACAUUUCAGCUCAUUGAAGGAUGUCUCACCAAGUGAGGUGCUUAAUGAGGCUUUAUCUUUUGGAGUGACGAACAAAAUGUGGAAGUUCUGGUCAUGCUGUCGCUGCAAUGAGAAAUUUGCUGAUGUGGUUUUGUUCAUGCAACAUGCUGUGGAGGAGCAUAUGAGCAGUUUAUUGCCCAGAAUGCAUUCAAUUCUGCCUCAGUGUGUGGAGGAUGAAUGGGCUGAAAUGCUUCUAAACUGUUCAUGGAAACCAUUAGAACUAAAUACAGCUAUUAGGAUGCACAAGCCACAAUCAACCUUGGAAGCACCUGAUUUCUUUGAAGAAUCGUACUCCAGCCAUGGCAUAAAUGGUUCAAAAGAAUACUUUCUUGAUACUUACUCUAAUGAAUAUGAUUGGGAUUCAUCACUAAGGAAUAAAAGAUCUGGUGACAAUUUCAACCAUGGUGUCCAAGAUGGCGGGGACUUUGAGGAUGUCAAGUGGAUGGAUUGUGAUGGAGAUCUGAGCAGUAAGGAAAGUUUACUCAAUGAAAAUUGGCCUCUAUCUGAUGACCCUGAGCGUGCAAAGCUUCUAGAGAAAAUCCAAGUCAUUUUCCAGUCACUUAUUAAAAACAAGUAUCUUGCUUCAAGUCACCUUAGCAAGGUUAUACACUUCGCCGUGGAGGAGCUUCAGACCCUUGCUUGCAAUUCUCAACUUCUUAGUUUCAACUUGGAAAAAACCCCCUUAUGUAUCUGUUUUCUGGGUGCCCCGGAGCUUAAGAAAAUCCUGAAAUUUUUGCAGGAAAUUUCUAAUUCAUGCGGUCUAAGUAGAUAUUCUGAUAAAAGUAAUUCUGAGGACAAUUCUAAAACUGUGAUGAAUGGCGUUGACUUUGUGGAGAAGAUAAAUUUUAGCCAAGAUGCUUCAUUUUUAAUCCUUGACGAGCAUUUUCUUCCCUGUAAGGUCCCUCGGUCUUCUAGUGAUGGCCCAGUCAAUUGUUCCAGUGUUGAAACUUCGUCCCAUCUUAACUAUGAGAACGGUAUAAUACUUGAUUCAGAUUCAUUGUUAUCCUGGAUAUUUAAAGGCCCCUCAAGUGGCGAGCAAUUGACAUCCUGGAUGCGAGCAAAAGAGGAGAAAGCCCAGCAUGGUCUUGAAAUUCUUCAGUUGCUUGAGAAAGAAGCUUAUCAUCUGCAAAGCUUAUGUGAUAGAAAAUCCGAACAGUUAAAUUAUGAGGAGGCAUUGCAGGCCGUGGAAGAUCUAUGUUUGGAAGAGGGAAAGAGAAGAGAACAUGUAACUGAUUUUGCCCGUCACAGUUAUGACUCUGUUCUCAGGAGAAGGCAAGAAGAACUUGGUGAUAAUGAGAAUGAAAAUGACAUGGCCUUUAUGAACAAUAGAUUUGAGUCGCAAGCAAUAAAAAAUGUUCUAAAGGAUGCAGAGUCCUUAAAUGUCAACCAAUUUGGUUUUGAGGAAACUUACAGUGGCGUGAGAUCACAGCUUUGUGACCUAGAAUCUGGUGAAGAUGAUGAUUGGAGAAGAAAAGACUAUCUUCAUCAGGUGGAUUCUUGCAUAGAAGUUGCAAUACAGAGACAGAAGGAGCAUGGUUCUCUUGAGAUCAGCAAACUCGAUGCCAGACUCAUGCAAAUACUCAUUGGGAUGCAGAAGCUGGAAAUUGAGCUUGAUCCUGCAUCUUCCCAUGAUUACCGCUCAAUCUUAAUACCUUUGCUUAAAUCAUUUUUACGGGCACGCUUGGAGGAUAUGGCAGAGAAAGAUGCCAGGGAAAAAUCUGAUGCUGCCAGAGAGGCAUUUUUGGCUGAACUUGCUUUGGAUUCCAAGAAAGGAACCACCACAGGAGUUGAAAAUUCAAAACAUGAAAAGUCGAAGGACAAAAAGAAGAGUAAGGAGGGCCGAAAAAAUAAGGACUUAAAGGCUAGUCAUUGGGAUGACCCAGAUGAUCAGAUAUCUGAAGAAAUAUUGCUUCCAAGUGCACAUGAUGAGGAGGUUGCAUGUUCUGAACUUGCCAAUAAUGGAACUAGUGAUGCCUUAAGACUACAGGAAGAGGAGUACAAACGCAAAAUUGAACUUGAAGCUGAAGAAAGAAAGCUUGAAGAAACUUUGGAAUAUCAAAGACGUAUAGAAAAUGAGGCUAAACAAAAGCAACUAGCUGAGCAACAUAAAAGAAACUCAAAAGUUGCAGGGGAGAAGGCUAAGCCAAUUUCAAUAUCUGAUUCUGACAUUAGGUGCAAUGAUGGUGAAAAAGAUGUCAAUGACCAGUGGACAAAUAGGAAGGAACCUUUGAUCCAGAAGGUGGCAUUCACUGAAAGUGUGCUAAGUGACUCUGCGAAUGGAGCUGUGAUGCAAAAUGGCUUUUCAAAUGGAGCUAUUCCUCAAGAAGGGGUUAUAUUUACUGAGCGACGCUCGGGAAAGAGGGGUAAACGGCAUAAGGGUCUAAACAAACCAAGUGACAGGAAAUCCCCUCCCCUGACAUCUGAAAAGGAGGAUAAUGGUUCUGUUCUGCCUAGAGAUGAGCUAAACUCACAUGGUGAUGGUGAUAAAGGAGGAAAAACAUUGAGACAGCUUAGUGCUGAGGAGGAUGAUGAAGAAAGGUUUCAAGCUGACCUUAAGAAAGCUGUCCGCGAAAGCCUUGAUACAUUACAUGCACCUAAAAAGCUACCUGCCAAGCCAAGUUUGGCAUUGCCGCAUAAGGAGAUUCCAGAAACCGGCGACUCACGUGUUUUAUGCGGUGAAGGCGCAACCGAUGUUAAUGGAAUGGAUACAUAUGGAACAGGGCUAAAAAAUGAAGUCGGUGAAUAUAAUUGCUUUCUGAAUGUCAUAAUACAGUCUUUGUGGCACUUAAGACGGUUUCGAGAUGAAUUUAUGCGGAGAUCAGUCUCAGAACAUGUUCAUGUUGGUGAUCCUUGUGUUGUAUGUGCUUUGUAUGAGAUCUUCAUUGCUCUGAGCACGGUAUGUAAGGAUAACCAGAGAGAACCUGUUGCCCCUACCUCUUUGAGAGUUGCUCUAAGCAACUUGUAUCCUGAUAGUAAUUUCUUCCAGGAGGGUCAAAUGAAUGAUGCUUCUGAAGUCUUGGGUGUAAUAUUUAAUUGUCUACAUCGUUCAUUCACUCCUGGACCUCAUGCAUCUGAUGUGGAACCGCUAAAUAGAUCUGGAACAGAUUCCUGGGACUGCAGUAAUGCUUCUUGUAUUGCUCAUUCACUUUUUGGAAUGAACAUUUCUGAGAGAAUGGACUGUUACAACUGUAGCUUGGAGUCUAGAUGUCUGAAAUACACAUCUUUUUUUCACAACAUCAAUGCCAGUGCUGUUAGAACUAUGAAGGUUGUGCGCCCAGAGAGCUCCUUUGAUGAGCUUCUGUAUAUGGUUGAGAUGAAUCACCAAUUAGCUUGUGAUCCUGAGGAUGGUGGAUGUGGAAAGCUCAACUAUAUUCACCAUAUACUCUCCAGCCCCCCGCAUGUUUUCACAACAGUCCUUGGCUGGCAGAAUACUUGCGAGAGUGUUGAUGAUAUAAUGGGAACAUUAGCAGCAUUAUCUACUGAGAUUGAUAUCAGUGUCCUUUAUCGUGGUCUUGAUCCAAAACAUAAACGUCAUUUGGUUUCAGUGGUUUGCUAUUAUGGGCAGCACUAUCACUGUUUUGCCUACAGCAGCGAUCAUGAACAGUGGAUCAUGUACGAUGAUAAAACCGUAAAGGUAAUUGGCGGCUGGAGUGAUGUCCUUGCAAUGUGUGAAAGAGGACAUCUACAACCGCAAGUCCUCUUGUACGAAGCUGUGAACUAGUACCUCGUGGGAUUUCCCUGUGCAACCUGAUGCUCUGAGUGUAUGAAGCUGUGGUAUUGAUUUAUGGAUGUAAUUCGUCCGCCCAUAAGAGUCUCUGAGCUAACUCUGACAGCUGAACCCGGGAAAUCACAGCCAGAAUCGUGCAAUAUACGUAGUUGCUUAAUAUACAGUGAAGAAGAGAACGGUGACCAAUUCUAAGCAAGCAUUAAGUCUUAACAACUCAUUGGGAAAAGAUGGCCUACAGCAGUGCUCAUGGAAUAAGUAUCUCCGGUGUCUUGCAAUUUUGAUACCAUACGUAUUGUUUGGGUCAAAGGCGUAAUAAGAAUCUCUUGGACUGGCAAUUUGUGCUUGAGCUCGUUGCCCGGUUAUCAGUAGCUGCAACUGUACACAGAAUUAUGCUCUACUUAGCUUCGAGUCUCCUCCUGUUUCCAUCAUAGAGAAAUUUGUGUAUAGAUCAGGUCUUCUUCAUCCCUUUGGAACCUCUCCCUGCAGCAUAUAAUGGCAACUUCCCCUUUUAAGCAAUCUAUUUAUAUGGGGGAAAAAAACUGUCUCAGACAUAAACUUCUGCCUUGGAAAUGGCAAUAAUUUUUGCUUAAAUGAAUCAUACACAGUUUUGUUA